AUGGCAACUAAAGACAAAACUGAAGCAUUUCGUCAAUUUUUACGCCAGCAUAACAUUGGAGAGCCAUCUCCUGCAAUUCCAGAAGAUGUUGGAAAGCAUCUUCAAGGUGUUCCUUUCGAAGAAGAUCUCGUUAAAGUACCAGAUAUUGAGCAAUUUCCAUUACCAACAAUUGAAAAACAUCCAAAGUUGAGUCAGGAUGAAAUGAAAAAGAUGCUUACUCAAGCACAAAUCGAAAGUGUUCUAUUUUCACAAAACGAGGAAGAGGAAGUUAACGAAUCAAGUACUCUUGCAACAAUUGAUACCCCUAAUCAAUAUUCGUCUGCUGGACAUUUUAUUUCAGUCAAAAGAGCUUUAAGUACCUCAUAUGCAAUGAAAUCAGAACAGAUGGGCCUUCCAACACCAGUUGUUUGCUGCAAAGAAUUAUCAUGCACAAAUGCUGCUGUUCCUACAUUUGAUUACUGCAUUAAUCACUUAUCUAAAGAUCCAAGAUUCAAAUCACAGAAAUUUGUUAAAAAAUGCGCAAAACCAGGUUGCUCACGCUUAGCUUACGAGGAUAAGGAAUUCUGCUUUAAUCAUUUGACACAUUAA